GUGCAUUCCCACUGUAUCUCCCAUGCACCAUCACCGCACCCGAUUACCAAAACUCACCAUGAAAAAACCUUUUCAUUUUUCCUAAAGUAAAACAACGUAAAUGUACUUGCUUUUUUUCCCAAUAAAGUCCAAUUUGUACAGUUCAGACAAAGCCCACAUUCUAUCUUCUUACCCUAUCUCUCCCACUCUCUCUUCUUGAAACCCUUUUCCCUUUUCUUUUUCAAUUUUUCAUUUCUCCCUUCCCUCUCUACAAAAUUGGAACAAAUUCACACUCCAAAACCCAAUGGCUUGACAAGGGUUUUGAGGUUUCUUGUUGUUCUUCCCACCAUUUCUAAGAUAGAAUAUGGCUAAGGUUGACCCUUAUGGUUGCUGGGAUGGGGCUAUUGAUGGUGACGAAGAGUUGGAGAAUAUGCUCGGUAGCAUCUUGGACUUUCCCGAUUUUCCGAUGGAGGGUUUGGAGGCGGAAGGAUUUUCCGGCGAUUGGGACGCUAGCAAGUCGCAGUAUCUCGGGCCUAUUCCGAUGGACGUGCUAAUGGGGCCACCAGCCGUUGCUCAAACCAAAGUCGAAACGGGGCCACAGGUUUUCAUGCAAAGACCAGUUGCUCUCAUUGACGCGGCUCCCGAGGCGAAGAAGCAUUCCUACUGGUUUGGUGAUGAUGCCGCUGGCUCAUGUAUUCGUCGACAGAACAAAUCUGCUGAGGUUCAAGAGACGGGCACGUUCCAGUCACAAAGCCCCGUAUCCGUGCUUGAAAGCAGCAGUUCCUCGUUGACUGGGAAGAGCUUGCUUAAGCCUCAUACCGCCAAGCGAGCAAGAUCCAAACGGGCUAGGCCAUCAGGCGUAAGCCCUUGGCUCUUAAUACCGCCCCUGUUCUCCACCUCCUCCAGAAAGAGUUGUGACGCCAAGAAAACAAAAGAGAGGAGAAAGAAACUGCCUCAUCUGCCGGUAGCCAAGCAAACGACUGAAGACUCGUCCCAGUCAUCUGAUUAUGCACAGCCGACAAAUGCAGCAGCAGCUCAACUGCGUCCCACCAAAAAAUGCACUCACUGUGAAAUAACGAAAACCCCACAAUGGAGGGAGGGCCCGUUGGGGCCAAAGACGCUCUGCAAUGCAUGCGGCGUCCGUUACAGAUCCGGUCGCCUAUACCCGGAGUACCGACCAGCGGCAAGUCCGACGUUCGUGCCAACUCUGCACUCCAACUCCCACAAGAAGGUCAUAGAGAUGAGAAACAAAGGUAAGAAGAUCGAGCAGCCCUCGAUGUCUCCACAGCUCGAAUUCAUCCCGGUGAGUAGCUAUCUGUUUGAUCCUAUUUGCUGAAACAGAUUAUGUCUGCUGCUCUGUUUUAGUUAGGUAACUAAAUUAGUCCUAGCCUUUAUUUUCUUUACUUGGAGGUCCUUUUUUCUUGCUGUGACUUGGGUAGAAUCUUGUAAAAAAUCGAGUCGAGUUGAGUUGAGUCGAGUCCAGCCUAGGUUAGGAUAAUUUUCACUAGAUUAGUGUCGUGAAGAAGCUGGUAAGAAUGGAGAGUUUCAGUGAUGUUAUGCUUCAGUGAAGAUGGAGAUGAUAUUAUUUGUCUUCUUUGAAACCUUAAGCCAAUUUUCCUUCUAUAUUUGAUUCUUUCACAUUCUUGUUUCCAA